CCCUCAGACAAACUUCAAGGCUUGGAGUUCCCAGGACUGUCUAGCGAAGUCCCGAGUUCCUGGCGUAGAGGAAAGAAAGGUUCAACUUGGAUCCUUGAAUGUGUGAAUCGCGUGUUAGGGCAAGCGGCUUCUAACGAACUUCCAACGAGCGUUGUUCGGAUCGAGUAACUGGGACUGCUUGUCAGCAGACACGCUUAAAAACAACAGCGGCUGAGCGUUCUACGCGAGUAGUAGGAACUACUCUAGGACCAUACUGAAUUUGUGUAGUUACUGCUUCACAGCAAAUAGUCACUGCUCUGACAGCAGUGUUGCCAGUUUACUUGCAUCAGAUACUCAGUUGCUUUGCACAGUCGGGACAUACGCCGCACCAGCGUUGCUCAAUUUGCUUACCAGCUGCGCUGUUGGUUAAACGAGUUUCUUUGCUAAGUGCGGAUCCGGAGAUGGUGCAGAAAAGGCAGCGAGCGGAGGGCCAGCCGAGCACACGCAAGUCGCCUCGCUUCGCUGCUGCCGCGGAUGAUUAUGUGAACGAGGAUGAGAAGCCCACGGUUAAGAAUAAGAGCGGCUCUGCGAAAGAGGAUGAGAAGCCGACGGGUCGACUCAAAAGCACGCGUAAGGCACCUCGCGUCGCUGCUGCUGGGGAUGACAAAGUGAAAGAGGUUGAAGAGCCGACGGCUAAAAAUAAGAGCGAAUCUGCGAAAGGGGAUGACAAUCCGACGGCUAAGAAUAAGAGCGACUUUGCGAAAGAGGGUCAAGAGCCGUCGGCUUCGAAUAAGAGCAAGGAAUCAACGGCUGGAGAUGACGCGAAUCCGAAAGAUCUCUACGCGGUGCUCGGAGUGAAUCGCGACGCGACGCACGCGGAGAUUCGCAAGGCGUAUCACCGCAUGGCGCUUCGACUGCAUCCGGACAAGAACCCGGGAGAUGAGACUGCCAAGGACCGCUUCCAGGCUCUGCAACGGGUGUUUGCCGUGUUGGGGGACGCUGAGAGGCGCAAGCUGUAUGAUGCGACAGGGUGCACUGGCGAUGGGGAUGGCGAGGACGAGAGUGGUCUCUCGGGCGACACGGUUACGGACCUGUACAAGUUCUUCCGGAACGUGUACUCUGAGAUAACAGUGGAGGACAUUGAGGCAUUCGAGCGGCAGUACCGGGGGUCGGAGCAGGAGGCGAAGGAGUUGAAGGAGCUGUACCAGCGGUUCAAGGGGCGGAUGGACAUGGUGCUGGAGUGCCACAUCUGCACGCGGGACAUCGACUCACACCGCUUCAUGGGCAUACUCGAUGCUGCUAUCGAAUCAGGCGAGCUGAAGGCCACUAAAGCGUACAAGAGAUGGGCUGCAGAAGUCGCCAAGAAACCCGCGCCGAAGGAUCCCCUUGCCGUCAGCAGCAACAGCAAUGACAACCACGGGCUAAUGGCUCUGAUUCGCAACCGACAGACGCGGGCUCGAGAGAAUGAUGAAUUCUUCGAGUCACUUGCAGCCAAAUACGGGGGGAAGGGAGGACGGGGGAAGGGGGGCGAGGGGAAGAGGGGAGGGGGGAAAGGAGGGCGGGGAGGUGGGGGGAGAGUGGGGGGAGGGAAGGUGGGAGGGGAGAAGGGAGAUGAUGAGGGGGGAGAGGGGGACAAGGGGGGGAAUGGAGAAAAGGUGGGAAUUGUGUCUGGGAAGGGGAAGGGGAAUGGAAAACGGAAAGAGGAGUGGAAGGAGCCUACGGAGGAGGAGUUUCAAGCGGCACGGGCACGCGUUCUGAAGAAAAACGCCCAGUGAAAUGGGCCUCGGUGCCCGGCACGAGGGUUCCUUUCAGUUGACUUCAAAGCUGACUCUAACUCAAGGGAAAGGAGCUGACCGAACAAGAGAGUGAGUUUCAACUUUCAAGCAGCAUGGGUGAGCUGGACAGACCUUUUGAAAGCGCGGUGAAUUGUGUCAGAAUGGACCUUGUUUUGAGGCGCCUAAAAAAUUGCGACAGAAUGGACCUUGAGGUGGCGAGUGGUGUACUCUUGGCUUCUGAUUAGUGGUGGUGAAGUGCACCUUGCGAGCUGGAUAGGUUGAUGUGAGUUUACAGCUAGAUUUUGUGACCAAAAGUCAGCUGAAUAGAUUGAUGUCAACAUGCAUCUGCUGAAUGUUUUUGUUGCAAGAAAUUGCAGUG